AUGUUCAUCCAGAGAUUGCUGUUGUUUCUAGUCACAUCCAAGGCUUUUAUAAUUGAAGAAUACUUUAUGCGAAGAAAUGACUGUGAAGAUGUGGUUCUUAAUUCUAAUUUAGUCUUCGUUGAGAAGACAGUUCAAAGUCUUAUUGGGUGUGUUGCCGUGUGUUUAGUACAGCCCGACUGCGAAUCUUUAAAUUUCCUCCCUUCAGGCAGUUGUAUGCUCAGCAACACAACACUUGACGAAGCGUGCCGUAACGGACAAUUCUACGAACAUGGUAUUUACAUGCAUCGUCAUCCCGAUAAAAACAUUACAAUCUGUUUGAAUGACGGAAUACUACAAUCAACUAACACGUGCUUAUGCCACGGAGGAUACAUCGGAGACUACUGUGAACGUAUCAUGGAGGAUUGUACGGAGGGGGAACCGUAUUAUCAGGGACAAUUCGGUACGUUUUUAAUCCACCCUAGACUAUCCCCGAAUCCUUUCAAAGUUGUAUGUCGAAUGGCAUUUGACAAAAGGACAUACAUACAGAUUCGGCAUUACGGUGGAAACGAAACAUUAUUUACUCAAAAUUGGAAUGCAUACAAGAAUGGUUUCGGUGAUGUGUCGGAGACUAAUCGUUUGGAGAGAAAUUUCUGGCUGGGUAACGAGAAAAUUUACUAUUUAACAAACAGCAAAGAAUACUCUCUAAUUAUACAGUUAGUAGAAGAUCGCUAUAUCUCAUUUGGUCAAUAUAGACUUGACGAUUUUCUGGUGAAGAACGAAGCCAACCUAUACGCUAUGUCAUACGAAAACGCGUACCCUUAUCGAACACAGCAAAUGGUAUUUGGAGACAGUAUGGCUUCUAGCAAGGGAGCAAAGUUCAGCACAUUCGACAAGGAUAAUGAUAUGUCUGAAGGUAACUGCGCAGAGCUACAUGGCGCAGGGUGGUGGUUUUCUGACUGUGCGCGAUGCAAUCCGAAUGGUCGUUUAUGGCCGGGUGGUACUAACAAAAGGCUUAACGUCAGUGACGAGUUUUUCUGGGAAGACGAUCUGUCCGGUUCGUCUGCAUGGGGAACAAGUCUUUGGCUCGUUAGAUGA